CAACGCCCUGAACUGCACCUCCACCACAUCCAACCCAGAGAAUAAUUCGCCGUACGAGAUGUGGCACGGGCACCCUCCCCCGCCGGGGGCGACGUACCCGUUCCUCAAACCUGCCGUAUACAAGGUCAAGCGCAUGCACAAGUCCGAGCCGAAAGCCCAAAAGUGUUUUUACCUCGGCCCUGGAAUCGACACCAACCGUGGUUGCAUCUUGAACGAGAAACGCCAAGCGAUCACAACUCGCAACUUCACCUUGCAAUCCGUACCCGCUGCUCCCCCCGCCCUGCCCCAGUCGCUGCCUCCCAUCGCAGAGGAGGAAGAGGAAUUCGCGACUGAGGAGGACGAGGUUGGGGAGGGCGCGUCGAACCAAGGUGGAGGGAGGGCGGAGAGAGAACCUGUGGAUGGAGGACCAGGUUUCAACCUUGACACGACGGCAGCCCCGGGGCCCGCAGGGCCGCCCGCGCAGGUAGCGCCGGCGGCGGCGCCGGCCGAUCCCCAGGAGUCGGGCGCGGGCGACGCUGGCGAUGGCGCCCCCUCGAGCAGGGAGGGCGCGAGCGUCGCCCCAUCUACCACGUCGGCCGGCAUGGCCGAUGUGGGCGGCGGCGAGGACGAUCGCCGCAGCAGCAGCCGACGCGGUAGCGACGGCAGCGGCAGCGACAGCGGCAGCGACAACGGCAGCAACAGCGGCAGCAACAGCGGCAGCAACAGCGGCAGCAGCAGCGGCAGCGGCAGCGACAGCGACAGCGACAGCGAGACGGAUCUUCCGGCGCUCCGUGGGCCAGAGGCCCGGCGGCUCGCCCGCUUCGACAAGCCGGCGGAACUAACCAGCCGCCGCACCAGGGAGAACCCUCGCCGAAACCCGAGGUACGAGUCGCCCCCGUCGCCGACAAGUGCCGACGCCCUGCGCGCCUCGGCAGCGAGCCUGCCCGUCAGCAGCACGGAGGAGUUCACCAGCUGGAUGCUCUCGGCGGCCCACGCUGCGCGCCAAGAGGCGGAGGACUUCCUACUGGGUGCGGUGGACCUCAUGCUCAACUCGCCAGACGCCUUCGAGACGGCUCUGGCGUCCCACGAGCUAAGUGAAUUCCCCAUAGGACCGAAGCGAGAUGACGCGAAGGGAGGGGAGUCGCCGGUGAGGGAGGCCAUCGGCAGCAUGAUGUGGGUGUCAACGUUCUCGCGUCCAGACGUCACGUUCGCCGUGCGUGCGAUAGCACGCCACGCCCACGCCCCGGCGAAGAGGCACUGGGAUGCCAUCCAGAAGAUUCUUGGCUACUUCAAAGGGACCUCGGCAUCACCUACCAACGGGGAUCGGGGUUAG